CUGCUGUCGGCUGGACUGAAGGAUCCACACUGGAGACUGGAAGCUCUCAGAAAGAAAAGUGUGUGUGAGCGAUGAAGAGGGGGAGGUGAGGAAGACGGAGCAAACCGUCCAGAUCCAAGAGGUUCUCUCAGUGAGAGGCAGCAGCUUACCGGCGCUUCCUGCUCCAGAGGUGAUCACGUUACGCGUGGCUCGUCCUGAAUGAGGCUCAGGUAGAUGUGGAACGAUGGAGAGGUUCUCCUGCCGCUGGAUCCUUCUGACUGGAAGCUUUAAUUUGCUGGUUCUCUGUCAACUUGAGACUCAGAGCAACUUCACCUUCAUGAACUCAUCAUCACCUCAACCCCACAGAGACCAAGAGGAGCGUCUCCAGAAAAUCUGGGGCCUUCGGUCCAGGACUGUUGUCCAGAACUCCAAAGUCCUCAACAAUCCCUCGGUUCCUCUAUCGAAGCAGAGGCUUUGGGAAAUCCCCAAGUCCAAGUCCAACCCAUCGGUAAAAAUUAAGCUUCAGCCCAUCACGAACGUUCAAGGACUCUCCAAACCGUCGAGGUUGUUCAGCUGGGGCGACUUUUACUCCAACAUCAAAACCGUCAAGCUGAAUUUGCUGAUAAUGGGGAAGAUCGUGGAUCACGGCAACGGCUCUCUCGGCGUCUACUUCCGUCACAACUCCACGGGUGUUGGCAACGUGUCGGUCAGCCUGGUCCCGCCCAUGAAGGAGGUGGAGUUCGACCUGGAGCGCCAGAGCGUGGUCCACCCCAAGGAGUCGAAGACGUUCAACUGCAGGGUGGACUACGAGAAAACCGAACGCAGCAAGAAGGUGAUGCUGUGCAGCUACGACCCGUCGAAGACGUGCGACCAAGAACAAACCCAGAGCCACAUCACCUGGAUGUGCUCCAAGCCUUUCCAGGUCAUCUGCGUCUACAUGUCGUUCUACAGCACGGAUUACAGGCUGGUCCAGAAACUCUGUCCGGACUACAGCUCCCAGGUCCCACCCUACCUACCCACAGGGUAA